CCCGCCCGUACCCCCGCCCCGACCGGAGCCUUCCUCUCCUCCUGCCCUCACCGCGGGUGCCCGCACCGCGCGGCGACGCCUCCCCCUUCAAAUCUCCCAGGAGCUAGGGGGCCUCGGCCACCAACACCGCACCGUGUCGGACGCGGCUGCAGACCUGCAGCGCCUGCCGAGCAUUGGAUUUGGACCACCUGACCGAGCGUCGUGGCAGAUGAUCUCGCCCGCGAUGUGGCGGUCGGCGGCGCGGCGGUCGUCGCAGGUCCGGCGCCUCCUGUCGUCGUCCGCUCCCCCGGCGCCCGCCGGCGCCGCCGUGCCGGGGCCCUGCAUCGUGCACAAGCGCGGCAACGACAUCCUCCACGACCCAUGGUACAACAAGGACACGGCGUUCCCCAUGACGGAGCGCGACCGCCUCGGCCUCCGCGGCCUGCUCCCGCCGCGGGUCAUGUCCUUCGAGCAGCAGUACGAGCGAUUCAUAAACUCGUUCCGGUCGCUGGAGCACAACACGCGCGGCGAGCCGGACUCCAUCGUCGCGCUGGCCAAAUGGAGGAUCCUCAACAGGCUGCACGACCGGAACGAGACAUUGUACUACAGGGUGCUAAUUGACAAUAUCAAGGAUUUUGCACCGAUAAUAUACACUCCCACUGUCGGCUUGGUCUGUGAAAAUUACAGUGGUCUGUUCAGACGACCCCGUGGGAUGUAUUUCAGUGCAAAGGAUAAGGGGGAGAUGAUGUCGAUGAUUUACAACUGGCCAGCAGAGAAGGUUGACAUGAUAGUUGUGACUGAUGGGAGUCGCAUUCUAGGCUUAGGUGACCUUGGUGUUCAGGGCAUAGGCAUACCUAUUGGUAAACUGGAUGUUUAUGUUGCAGCUGCUGGUAUUAACCCACAAAAGGUUCUUCCAAUAAUGCUUGAUGUGGGAACAAAUAAUCAAAAGCUUCUGGAGGACAAGCUAUAUUUAGGACUGAGGCAACCUCGGCUGGAAGGAGAAGAAUACUUAGCUGUUGUAGAUGAAUUCAUGGAGGCUGUCCAUGCACGUUGGCCUAAAGCAGUUGUUCAGUUCGAAGACUUCCAAAUGAAAUGGGCCUUUGAGACUCUUCAGAGGUAUCGGAACCGAUUUUGCAUGUUCAAUGAUGAUGUACAGGGGACAGCUGGAGUUGCUCUAGCUGGCCUACUUGGUGCUGUUAGAGCACAGGGCCGUCCUCUCCAGGAUUUUACGAAUCAAAAGAUAGUCGUUGUGGGAGCUGGAAGUGCUGGGAUAGGUGUGCUUAGCAUGGCUAAACAGGCAAUGUUAAGGAUGCCUGGGAUCCACAGAACCGGGGAAGGGCAUAAUCAAUUCUGGGUUCUAGACAAAGAUGGCCUUAUUACGAAAGCUAGGAAGGAUCUGGAUUCUGCAGUGGCACGUUUUGCCCGAGGUUUUGGUCCUGAUGAGGUCCCAGAUCUCCAUGAGGGGGCUAGUCUUGUUGAAGUGGUCAAGAAAGUUAAGCCUCAUGUGCUUUUAGGACUAUCUGGAGUUGGGGGCAUAUUUAAUGAGGAGGUUCUCAAAGCUAUGAAAGAAUCCGAUUCCCCUCGCCCUGCAGUUUUUGCAAUGUCCAACCCUACUACUAAAGCUGAAUGCACUCCUGAUGAUGUAUUCAAGCAUGUUGGUGAGAAUGCGAUAUUUGCCAGUGGAAGCCCUUUCAGCAAUGUUUCUUUAGGAAAUGGUAAAGCCGGUUAUGCUAAUCAAGCAAACAACAUGUAUCUAUUUCCUGGGAUUGGUUUAGGUGCCCUUCUUUCAGGUGCCCGGCAUAUUUCAGACGGCAUGCUUCAAGCAGCAGCUGAGUGCCUAGCAUCAUAUAUCACGGAUGAUGAAAUUCGGAAAGGAAUCCUAUUUCCUUCAGUCUCCAGUAUUAGGCACAUCACCGCACGUGUCGGCGCUGCAGUCGUCCGUGCUGCUGUUGCUGAAGACCUGGCUGAGGGCUGUUGCGAUGUGGGUCCUAGGGAGCUUGGGAGCAUGUCUGAGUCGGAAUCAGUGGACUACGUCGCUCGGAAGAUGUGGUACCCUAUUUACAGCCCCCUUGUGAGCGACAAAUAGAUCAAAAAAAUAUCACGACCUGCAUAGAAAGAAGCAGAUGUUCCAUUGAAGGAAUAUAUCAGACUUAAGACAUUUGUUUUGACUACUUUUUGUUAACCAUUUCUAUAGCUGCUCAUCUAGAAAGCAUUUCGGCGGAGAUUGAUGCCCACGCAUGGCUAUUGUAAGGCCACAUUCAUUUGCUUAGACAUGGUUUCGUCACCAGGGAACACUCAGCUUCAUACUGCCACAGGAACCGUGCGUUUCAUGAUUAUUGUAAUAAGACACCGGAGUUUCACUCUAUCCUGAAAAUAGGCAUGAGAUCAGAAGCGGAAUGACAUUCUUUUUUACCAACAA